AUGCUAAAAAAAUCCAGAGGAACAUAUUAUGAUCAUUGUGUCACUAAUAUUAGAUAUACAAAUAUAGUAGCGAUUACAUGGAAAGACACGAACAAUUUAAAUUUAUUGUCAACUUUUGCUGCUAUUGAGCCUGUUACGAAAAUUAGUAGAUAUGAUAGGAAAUUGAAAAGAGUAGAAGUGGAUUGUCCCCAUAUUAUAAAAGUAUACAAUACUCACAUGGGAAGCGUCGACUUACUGGAUGGUUUACUUGGAAGUCACAAAAUUAAAAUUUGA